CUUUCAGGCUCCGGUGGUUUCUAGCGGAUCGGAGGACUCCUCCAGAGCCCAAACACAGCCCCCCCCGCAAUGCCGAAUGCAGAAGGUGAGGUUCCAGGUACGCAAGAAGAUGAAACUGGAAAUGUUACAGAACUGGAGCAGUGGAAGAAGGAGCUUGCGAAAGCCGAAAAAGAAAAGGCUGACUUGCUUCUUUCAAAGCUUGCUGCUGAUGAGGACAGACGGAAAUGGGAAGAGGAGCUGAAAAAUCUGAGGGGUAUAGAAGAUACGCUUGCUAAGGAAAGAAAGUUAGCUCAGGAGAAUUAUCAGAGGAAUCUUAACAGACAAAAUGAUGAACUGAGAAGGGAGAUACAGUUCCUUAAAAACAAACUUGCAGCAAAGAAGGCAAAAUGUAAAGAACUUGCUCAGAUAUAUAAGCUUAAAAGAUCCAUAUCCGAGACGAACGUGACAUUUACACACUUGGAGAAAGUUGAGAAUGAAGAGACGUAUAACAACAUUUGCUGCUUUUUUGAUGGCUCUGCAAACAUCCCAUUCAGACUGAGCAGAGGCGAAGCUCUUAUCACAUUUGAAGAAGAAAGUGUUGCCCAGGAACUGCUCCAGAAGUCUCAACAUACUGUGAAACUGGAGAAUGCAGACACCGUUGUGAGAGCCCGGCCUGUCGAACUAGAGAUGGGAAUAACAUUUCAGCUCCAUGUUAAAAUUUCUCAAAGGAAGAUUAAUGUUUCUAACAUCCCCAAUCUACGGAUCCCUGAUGAAUGGGUAAGAGACAAGUUGGAACUGAAUUUCAGCAAAACUAAACGGGGAGGAGGAGAAGUGCAGGAUGUGACAUAUGACAGACGGUCCCAGAUGGCCCUCAUUACAUUUGCCCAGCCUGGAGUUGCUAACAACAUUGUGAAAUGGGCAGAGUACCCUUUCCAUACAAGUGAACAGACAUAUAUAGUUACAAUUUCCCCUGUUGUAGAAAAGUACCUGGAAAGAUUUGAGAUGUUUUCAGGAAUACCCAAGAGGACAUUAUUGUUGACAGACAUUGAGGACAUGGCGGAAGAUGAAGAGAACAUUCAGGAUAUGAUAGCAAUCCACUUCCAGAAACCCAGUAAUGGUGGCGGGGAAGUUGAAUACAUCAGAUACAUUUCAGAAGGAACCAAAGUCGCUUACUUUGAGACAGAUAUGGAGAAUGUUAUAUGACAGGCUGUGACCGAAACCUACCUCACUUUCACCUUUUUGCCAUGUGUUUCACAGAACAAUUUUAAUUAUCCUGUAAUUUUGACUAUUUGCCCUUGACAGUGUCCCAUUCACCACCAAUGCAAAUGUCUGUGAUCCAGCUUGCAGUUAGUCAUGGCUAAGUCCCUUAGAAGCAGGAGGGUUCAUUUGUCAUAACUAGCCUGUUGGUUUUAGCUACCCAGUGCCUUAAUUUUGUUUACCUGCAAUGGCAUUGUGGCUGUUCAAGCGAUUGGGAGAUGGAAUGCCACAAGUAAUAAUGGGGAGAGGUGCUUUAUGGUCUGCAAGUAUCUGAGCAUGGGUGUGCUACUCUGCAAGCAAUAUCUUCAGUCUCUGUUUAUUACAUCACUUAAUCCAAAAUCCAGUCACAUAUUGUUAAUAUAGGUUCACAUGCUUCAAGUACACAAGAACCAUGAAAAUGAUUACAGGGGUAUAGGCAAUAUCUCUGUGCAUGCAGAGGAGUGCUGGUGAGUCCCUGGAGGUUUCUCAGCCCUUUCCCCCCAUAUCUUUCUGUUCCCCAUGGAACCCACUCCUUGUUGGGGUACAAGGAGUUGUAUUCAGAAGGGAGAAUCUAGAGAUCUCUAGUACAUAUGAGGAAGUACUUGGAUUCAUGCCUCAGACUUGUUCAUUCUCUUCCCACACCUGUAUUGCUUUGCAAUAGCUUUUAUUCUGAGUGAUGUCAUUAAUACACAGUCAAGGUUCUUGGAAGCUUUGACCAUGUUAUAGAAUAUAGGAUCUGCCCAUUCACAUCUGCUAUGUACUGUCUUGGGAGUUGAACGCAAUUAUGUUUUUAAGAGAUUAACACAGCAGACCUUCUUUCCUGUCAUGGUGGGAGCAAUGGCACUAUGCAAUUCUUCCUGUUCAGGUUUGGUGGUGAUCGCCCCCCACCACACAAACCCAAAAUCUCAAACUCUGUCUACAGUGGCCUUUUGAUUGUGUUUUUCUGGCCAGAGCUUCUUUCUUAGAGUAAAUGAGCCAAAUUCCUUCGAAUUUACUUUGUUCUUCCCAAUAAACAUUUUCUUUAAAUAUUUA